AUGGAUAAAUUUCGGAUGAUGUUUCAGUUCUUACAAGCAAACCAAGAAUCGUUUAUGAAUGGCAUCUGCGGAAUCAUGGCCUUAGCGAGCGCGCAACUUUACUCGUCAUUUGAAUUCAGUUGCCCAUGCUUACCUGAGUAUAACUAUGCCUAUGGAAUUGGAAUACUGAUCGUUCCAGCAGUAUGGUUCUUCUUGCUUGGAUUUGUGUUGAACAAUAACAUAUCGAUGCUAACAGAGGAGUGGAGACGGCCAACAGGAAAGCGAAGUAAAGACCCGUCUAUUUUACGGUACAUGUUCUGUUCGAUGACACAGCGCGCUCUGAUAGCACCGGCAGUUUGGAUAUCUGUAACGCUUAUGGACGGUAAGAGCUUUCUGUGCGCAUACAGCGCCAGGCUGGAUUUAAGAGAGUUUCUCAACGAAAGCCACCAAACACUCCCCGAUAAAGACCUGGUCAAACUAAUGGCGAAAAUUCCGUGUAAAGAUGUGUUCAAUGGGCACGAGAUCAUCUCUAGGGAAGCGGUGUCUCGGUACAUUCGGUUUAUAUCUCAGGCCUGCGGCUGGUUAUUCUUAUUGCUGAUGACUUCAGUGGCUUUCAUGGUGAGAGCCAUCAGACCAUGUUUUACCCAAGCGGCCUUCCUCAAGACCAAAUACUGGUCCCACUACAUCGACACAGAGCGGAAAGUGUUUGAUGAGACAUGCCGAGAGCAUGCCAAGGCGUUCGCUAAGGUCUGCAUUCAGCAGUACUUUGAAAGUGUAAGCGGUGAGAUGCUGGUUUUGCACGGUCAGCGUUCUCAUAAGAAAGACAAAGACAACGACCAGGAGCAUCAGCGCAGUGAUGAGGAGAAACUGCUGGGCAUUCGUAGGAAAGAGGACAUCAAUAAAAUCUUAUGGGACUGGCACUCAUGCAAACCUCCACUGAACCUGAAAAAACAGGGAAAUGACAGUAAUAGCACAAAUGGAUUUGCAAAUGGCUUCCACCCCCAAACAACCCCAAAGCAUCAAAGUGUGGCCUAUUACUCAAAAGUCUGA